GUGUGCUGCUUUGCCCCGGGACUGCAGCAGGUCGGAGCCCCCCGGGAUGUGCCUCUUUGGGCGCUUCGCUUCCUCAGGGGCGGCUCCUCCACCUCGUUUUGCCCUAAAACGGAGCGAGCCUGUGCAGCCUGUGGCCGGCUCUGCCCUUCCUGCCUUUCCUUUGGCAGCGAGGGGAAAGUUGAGGUCCGGUUUUCCAGCCUGGAUGUAUCCGGCUGAGCCCGGCUUCGGGAGAAACCCCCGGGAGGGGUUUUGGCAGCGGAAAGCUGCGUGCCUUGGCACUCGGUGUGCUCCGAGGGCUCCCGGUGGCACCGGGGAUUUGGGGAGCACCCGGCUGGAAAGGGCAGCCAGCGGGACAAACCUUUGGCACGUUGGGCUGUGUGCCAGCACCUGUGGGUGUCACCGGCAGCCUGGAUGUCCCACCUGGAAGGGUGGGUUGGGAUAGGGAGGCAGAGGAAGGGUCUGGGCUCGCUGGGUCCCUCGGUUCCCCCCACCCAGCAGAGUGUUCCCAGCACGGCUCUGGAUGAGCUCCCUCCCUCGUUUUGGGAGGAGAGGGGUUAAGUCAAAGCAUCCGAGCUAAGCCCUGGCAGGAGAAGGCUAAAAGCUCCCGGAGAACAAAGCUCACAAAGUGGUGGUAAGCUGGUAAAACCUGUGGGAAUGUGGGAGCCUUCAGGGGCACUGGGGUCCUGCAUGGGGAGCGGGGUCCUGCGGGUUCCCUGCAGCCCCUCGGCGUGGAAAUCCUGGCCUCAGGUUAUUUUUGGAACAAUUGCUUGGCCGGGCCUCAAAAAUGUCCUGGUUUUUGGAAGAGCCUGGAGCCUGUGAGCUGUCAGCACAGGCCAGGCGCUGUGGGGUGCCCAGGGCUGGGUCGGGAGCCCCUCCAGGGGGAUUAGGAGGUGCACCUGGAGCCCCACACUGGGACUGGGAUGGCUGCUGCAUUUUUAUUUUCUCCUAAAUUUGCUAUCCGCCUUUCAGGGGAGCUUUCCCAUGAAGGCAGCCUGAGCUCCAGGCCCCUGGGUGCCUCCCAAGGUGGACGUGCAGGUCGUGCCUGGCGUCCCCUCCUCUCCCUGCGCCCCUUCCUUUGCACCCCGUGGCUGUGCCACCCCUCUUUUAUCAAUUCCCGGCACAAAUGAAAGGGACGGAGAGGGCAAGGAUUGAUUCUGGGCAAACACUAUAAAGGCACCUACAGUUAGAGCGGGGAAGCUCACUCGGUUCAUGGUAAUUAUCCUGGUUAAAUUAUAACCUCAUCAACAGGCCACCUCUGUCCCCGGGGCUGCCGUGUCCCUCCGAGCGCUGGCAUUGCCGCGUUGGUGACACCGAGGGGACCCACGCGUGGCCAGGCCUGGAGGGUGACUCCUCACCCCCCUCCAGAGCUGGCACAGCUGGGUGUUGGCACAGCCCUGCCCGCUUCCCAACCAUCCUGCUCUUCCCAGGGUGCCCGAGGCGCUGCGGAGCUGGAGAGCCCCCAGGAGCCGUGUGCUGGUAGCCCCCCAGGCAUCCCAGAGGCACCAUGAUCCCCAGCGUGGGCCCCCGGAUGUGGGGUUACGGUUUCCUCUGCGUCUCCGUCAUCUCCCUGUGCUCGCUGGUGGGAGCCAGCGUGGUGCCCUUCAUGAAGAAGACAUUUUACAAGCGGCUGCUCCUCUACUUCAUAGCUCUGGCGAUUGGAACUCUCUACUCCAACGCCCUCUUCCAGCUCAUUCCCGAGGCGUUUGGAUUCAACCCUCAGGAAGAUUAUUACGUCUCCAAAUCCGCUGUGGUGUUCGGGGGCUUCUACCUCUUCUUCUUCACGGAGAAGAUCCUGAAGAUGCUCCUGAAGCAGAAGGACCAGCACCACCAUGGGCACAGCCACUACGGCCCCGAGGCUCUGCCCUCCAAGAAGGACCGGGAGGAGGGGGUCACAGAAAAGCUGCAGAAUGGGGACCUGGACCACAUGAUCCCACACAUCACCAGUGACCUGGAGUGCAAGCCCCCCUCCGGGGAUGAGAAGGCUGUGGUGGGCUCCCUGUCUGUCCAGGACCUGCAGGCCUCCCAGAGCGCGUGCUACUGGCUGAAGGAGGUCAGGUACUCGGACAUUGGCACUCUGGCCUGGAUGAUCACGCUCAGUGACGGCCUCCACAACUUCAUCGACGGCCUGGCCAUCGGCGCCUCCUUCACCGUGUCGGUUUUCCAAGGGAUCAGCACCUCCGUGGCCAUCCUGUGUGAGGAGUUCCCACACGAGCUGG